CAGGAGAGAAUGCUUCUGGAACAUGGCCACACAGCCCGAAAGACAUACAACAACCCUAUGUAUAUAUGGUCGAAUCUGGAUAGUCAAAUUCGUAGAGUCACAACGGAGAACCUACAGAGUCCUAGAGAGACAAUUUGUAAUCCGAACUAUUCAAAUCCAUAGAGAUGCAAUGGAGGACCUGGAGGUUUCUAGAGAGACUAUUAUGAAUCAGUGAAUAAUGGGAUCCAUAGUUUCAAUGGAGGACCUAGAGAUUCCUAGAGAAACUAUUUGCGAUCAAAUCCAUGAAUAAUGGGAUCCACAGAGUCGCAAUGGAAGAACUAGAGGUUCCUAGAGAGACCAUUCUUGAUCAAAUCCAUGAAUAAUGGUAUCCAUAGAGCCCUAAUGGAGGACGUAGGGAUCCCUAGAGGAUCAAAUCCUUGAAUAAUGGGAUCCAUAGAGUCGCAAUGGAGGACCUAGAUAUUCCUAGAGAAACUAUUUUCAAUCAAAUCCUUGAAUAAUGGGAUCCACAGAGUCGCAAUGGAAGAACUAGAGAUUCCUAGAGAGACUAUUCUUGAUCAAAUCCAUGAAUAAUGGGAUCCAUAGAGUCCCAAUGAAGGACGUAGGGAUCCCUAGAGGGAAUGUCAAUCAAAUCUUUGAAUAAUGGGAUGCAUAGAGUCGCAAUGGAGGACCUAGGAGUCCCUAGAGGGAAUGUCAAUUCUGAAUAAUGAUCAAACUUGCAAAUGUGGAGGAACAACCGUUUUUUCAGAACUGCAAAUCUAGGGAUUCUGGGAGGCAUGGCCAUGGCAGUGAAAGUGGGGGCAAAGUGCUAUAGGCAUUCAGUGUGGCUGCAGGUGCCCCCUUGCGUAAAAGCCUGCUACUGUCUCUUUAACAGGCAACCAGGAAGAGGCCCUGCUUUGCUGCCUGGACUGAAGCUGAGCAGAGACAGCAAGAGAUUGCUGGCCGUGUUCUCCACCGCUUCCCGUUCCUUCUCCCUAAACAACCAUUAAUUUCAUUUCAUUUUUCCUUAGCAUGGCGUUCAGUGAAGCUACGGAGCUGGACAAUUACCGGGAUUACAAUUUAACCGAGGACCAGAAGCUCAUUAAAGCGAAAUACGCUCCUAUUUCGAAGAAGUACGAAUAUUUGGAUCAUACAGCUGAUGUCCAGCUGCAUGCCUGGGGAGACACCUUGGAAGAGGCCUUUGAGCAAUGCGCCAUGGCCAUGUUUGGAUACAUGACAGACGCAGAGACCGUGGAGCCCCUGGACACCGUCGAAGUGGAGGCAGAAGGACAUGACUUGUUGUCUCUUCUUUUUCACUUCCUGGACGAGUGGCUCUAUAAAUUCAGCGCCGAGGAGUUUUUCAUUCCUAGGGAAAUCAAAGUGCUUUCCAUAGAUCGAUCGAGAUACAAAAUAAGGUCUAUUGGGUGGGGAGAGGAAUUCUCGCUGUCCAAACAUCCUCAGGGCACCGAGGUCAAGGCAAUCACCUAUUCGGCCAUGCAGAUCCAUGAGGAGGAGAAGCCUGAGGUCUUUGUCAUCAUUGACAUCUAAGCCAAGGAAGCAAAGGGCAUUGCUCAUGUUUCCUAGCAGAAAUAUCACACAGGAAGGGAAUAUGCCACCUUGGAAAGACUUGGGAACUGGUUCAGUGAAUGGCAACGGUUGAAAAAUUAUCAUGAAGGUGGCAGUGACCCUUUAGGAAUGUCCAGAUCCGGAUGAUGCAUCAUGCAAGAAACUGUUUACAAAGAGAAUUUGUAUGUAUGGAAAUAUUAACCAAGGGUCAUCCUGAUGGUGCUGCCUAUAUUGUUUUCAAUGGAGUCAGAGAAAAUAUCCUUCUUUGGGGAUGAAAUAGAGCUAGAACUGAACACUUAUCUUCUUCUAAUCAUAAUAAAACUACCUCUUGGUUCUUCAGAUAUCACAUAAACUUGAUAUGAUAAAGUUUGCACAAAAAGGAACUAGUGCUUGAGUCUGGAUUAUGCUGAAUAUAUAGCAGUCCUAUCUUCUGAAGGGUUUUUUUUUUGCAAUAUUAUUUGUUUUUAUUUCUAUUUGUAUCUCAAAAAAAGAUUCAAAGCGGCUCACACUGAAACCAAGACCAUGCAAUUUUGGACCUAAAAAUAAUCAAACAUUAAAAUAAAAUAUAAACAUGAAGCAGUUUUAAAAAUAAACAAUGAAAAACAUGGAAGGAUGUUCACCAUUACCUUCUGAGGCUGAGAGAGUGUGUCUUGCCCAAAGUCUCAUACUGAAUUUCCAGAGCUGAGCAAGGAUUCAAAACUGGAUCUCACACUCAAACCAUUGCAACAACAAAUGUAUUUAAAAUAUUUUAUUAAUUAAAUAGUAAUAGAUCUAUUACUAUUUAAUUAAGGCUCUGCAUGUUCUGUAGGAAACAGGAAACAAUUGAAAAUGUGGAUUAAAAGAGUGCCUUUGUAAUAUGAAAACUGGCUUUCAACCUAUCAAAAAUUAAAGGGAUAAGGAAAAAAACUGUUUUAAUGCCCCUAAAAAGCUAAUUGUCCCCCCAAGGGGUUCCACCUCCUCAUCUUGAUAUAAAUACAGCACUAUUAUGUUGUGUUUAAAGGCCCAAAGCACCAUAACAACAUGGUCUGCUGUUAGGAAUUGUGGGAGUUGAAGUCAAAAUUUGCCCAUGACUGGUCUAGACAUAGUAAUUCACGGUUGCUCUUGUGUGUGUGUAUUUAUGUAUCUCCUGUUUACCUUAACUGUUCAGUUUCGAGAGAUAUAUUUCUGGUUAAACAGGGCAGAAAUAACAGGAACGCAUGGUUACGAAUUCAAUUUUAUGUUAAAGGACCCUAGCAUAACAUUCAUUUUUACUAUGCUUUUAUAUUUAAUUGCGCAAAUGAAAGAAAAGGAUUUGUGCUUUUAUUUUAAAUAUCUGUGGAAUGAACUAUUUUCAGCUCAAAUAAAAUUCAUACUGAAAAUA